AUGGAUGGAGGUGUGAAUAAAUCCGAUUCCUUGCUGACGCGCGGUACGAUCGUUAGUGGGGCGGUGAGCGUUAGUUUGGAUGAUUCCUGGACGGGACGCAGCUUGCUGGAGGCCUUAGGACGUGUACCCUUGCGGGCGUUGGAUACGCGGAUGUACCUCGCAGGAAGGCGAACGUUCGGGCCGCGGCAGGACGACGCUCGCAGUUGGAGCGAACCGGACAGGCGCCGAGUGGUCACCCUGUGGCAGGCGAACAUGAAGCUGAAAUCGCUGGACUACGGUGACAUUAUCGAGAGUUUCACGAAUCGAUAUGAGAACAUAGUGAAAAAGAUGCGCUUCCAGCAGCGCCAGCAGCAGGAACGUGACCAACGGAAGAUCGAACAGAUUGCGACCAGAACGACCACAACAGUGGCAUCAUCCCACGGAGGCCGAACCACGACGACGACAACCAGCAGCAGUGCCGUAAGCGCGACGGUCGAUCUGUCAGAUCGUCUGAACGCAACCACCCUGUCAUCAACGCUAGGUGCAGGCAAGGUGCGCCAAAUGUUCGACGAACGGCGCCACCGGGUGGCCGGCAUCGACAAGAGCUACCCAUUGCAACCAAUCCAACCGAUAGCUGGGGCCACCGCCCAUGGCAACCACCCUGUCAACAGUAACAACAACACCGGCAACGCCGCUGGUGACGCUGCUGGUGUAGCUCGCGGUAUGGCCAAGGCAGGCAUGAACAACAAACAACGCGUUCCACCGAUCUCGGCCAGCUCACGUACCCGCCUUAUGCAGCAGCAGAACCAAACGCGAGGUCCUAAUCUGCGCCAGGAUAGCCUCCAGACUGGCCUGCAGACCAAUCGCAGUAACGCCGGGGACGAUGACGGUGGCUACGAUGACAACGAUAAUUUUCUGGAACAGGAGAAGCUUCCAGAUUCUGCAACCAUGCACGAAGACUCGUUGGAUUCUGCUCAUCACGCUAACCUAGCCAAUGGGAACGUAACGGCGCUGAAAACGUCAAAAUUGAACGGAUCAACGGCACGGACGCUGCCAAGCAACACUCCCACGAAAGCUGUAAAAAAAUCACCAAUCGCUACAUCAACCGGCGCGGUAUCUACAGCAACUCGUGCGGCAAAUGGAUCCGCCAAAUCCGGAGCGAUCACGCCACGAUCCGUGCCAUCGGUAAAAUCGAGCGGGCCGUCACGUGCCGUCACCCAACCAAGCCCAGUCAGUUCCGCCGGUUCCGUACGCCGAGCCUCGUCAGCAGCAUCGGCUUCGUCCUCGAACGGUAACGCAAUGCUCGCCAACGAACCCAUUCCGGAGGGCUUAAGCCGGUGUGAUAUCUGCAGCCGCAAUUUCGCCACCGAACGUAUCGAAAAGCAUCGCCAAAUUUGCCAGAAGACGAAAGCUAAAAAGCGAAAGGUAUUCGAUACUACCAAGCACCGCGUGCAGGGCACGGACGCCGAGACGUACGUGCUGAAGGGCAAGAAAUCUACGGCCGGAGGUGUGUCCGUGGCGCGCAAACAAUCGAGCCAGCUGUCCUCAACCAGCUCUGGUGUGGGAGCCACGGGAAAGCCAAACAAUUGGCGCAAGAAGCACGAGGAAUUUAUCGCCACAAUUCGAGCCGCGAAGGAACUGAAAACAUACCUAGCGAAGGGCGGCAAGCUGUCCGAUCUGCCGCCUCCACCACCGUCGGAGAAUCCGGAUUACAUCCAGUGUCCGCACUGUUCGCGCCGGUUCAAUCAAACUGCGGCCGAACGACACAUUCCCAAGUGUGCAACGAUGCUGCACAACAAACCGAAACCGAAACCCAAGGCGGCAUCCACUACUCGAAGAUAUUGACCGGGAUGUGGUCGGGAAGCGUCCCUAACCGGUCCGUUCUGAUGGACGGAUGGACGGAUUUACUAUUGAACGUAUUUUUACACUCUCUCCAUCGUUCACCGUAACUUGAGGCCUUUUUUGGAUUACACCGUUUCGGUAGCAGCAAGCUCAAAAUUAUCGUACCGUACUGGUUCUCAAAAGGAACACGUGGUCUGUGAGGCAGGUUUGAUGUGCAGAAUAUGCACUAAGUAAUUACCCAAAAUUUUGAAUUGAUGUGAAGAUGGUUUAACAACUAUAUAAAUUACCCGAGAUAAUGCUACGAUAAUCAUCAUGCCAUACUAAUCUACGGUAGAUUGCGGGAAAGGCGUAAGCCAGACGGCACCGGACCGAGAAUUGCUUAACGAAGGUCAGAUUAGCUCCACAAGUCUAAGGCACGAUAACUUCAUACGAAAACUGGCUGUGUGUAUGUGUGCGCGUGUAAGUGUGCAUGUGUUUAUGCGCUCGUUAGGCCAUGAGACGCAUGCGGCAAAAAUUGGUGUAUUUGAGCAAAUGAAUAAAAAUGGAGCGAA